GACAGCCAGAAGCAUUGCGAUACUUCUACACUACGGAAAAUUUCGCUAACAACAGCCGCGGUUUACCGGAACUCCAAUCUGCAGCAUUUGAUGCAUCUCUUCAGUCAUUCCAAGACAACUACCAGAACGCUUUCUGACCUUUGAGCACUUUCACUACCUGAUUUAAUUCGGUCCAUCGCACUUUAUCGAUCAUAGUCAAUUUUCAACAUGCGUUGCUCCGUUCUUCCUGCCAUUGCCCUAUUCCUGAGGUUUGCCGUGGCUGACAUGCACGACUACUGCGCAUGUCAAUACAAAACCGACUCAGCAGUUGACUAUGCCGCCACUGAUCUGCUAGCCGGUGACUGCAGGUUCGGCUACACCUGUGGUCAAAACUCGGGGCAAUUCUGGAUUGGUCGAUCAUCUGGCUCGGGACCAAAGUUCCAAGGACGGUUCCUCAAGGCGAUUAAUGGCCAGAUUGAUGGAAAAGAGUUCUACAACAACUGCAAAAGAUAUGCUGCGAAUGAUGCGACUUGCUUUAAUUGUGAAACCAAAUUCGAGUAUCCUGAUGGGUCUAUCCUGUGCCGGUAAUUGUUUUAGAUAGAGUUUAUUUUCCCAUUGCUCAACAUCCCAUCAUAAUAAGGUCUUGGGUGACUGCAGUGCUAUUGAGCAAUUGGGCCAUAGGCGUCGCCGCGAGUCACUUCCCUGGUCAGCGCGGUUCGUGGUGCUACUUUGCAGCCAUUCAUGUGCAAGGCUUUUGUGUACUACCUCAGAGUUUAUGUUAAUGUACUCUCGGGACAUGGAAUUGUGACAUUUUACUUUGCCUAUCCACUAGAACUUAAGCAUCGGCGCUACCUAUAAGCGGAAGCAGAUGUGAGAUCGCGAAAUGUGGGAACUGUGUGAGAUCGAUACGGAACUCCUGGUGAGAUGAAAGGUAAUGAUUACCACACCGCGCGGUCCUGAGAGUAUAUGGAAU